AUGUGGACGCGUCUCCCUGCGGACCCUCAGGGCCGGGACGCGGUUGCCCGCGGAGCGCCCCAUACAGCCCUAGGCUCUGGUUUGCUUGGCUUCCGCCUUUCACAAGUACGGUCCACACGGUGUGAGUCACGCACAGCUGUCCGGUGUCAGCGAGCACGGUGUCUCGGGGUCCACGUCGGCCCCUGCUUCGGCCGUGGCGCAGGUGGCUCCAAGAAGAUUCCCCUCACAAUGCCAUCCCCACUGGGUCCCCCGAGUCUGCCUUCUCUGGACCCCGAGGCCACCCCGGAGGAUCCUGAGAUGGCACGCCAGCGCUUCCGGGGCUUCUGCUACCGGGAGGUGGCCGGUCCCCGGGUGGCCCUGGCCCGGCUGCAGUUUCUGUGCCGCCAGUGGCUCCAGCCCGAGGUGCACUCCAAGGAGGAGAUACUGGACCUGCUGGUGCUGGAGCAGUUCCUGGGGGCGCUGCCCCCUGAGAUUCAGGCCUGGGUGCGGGGCCAGCAGCCAGGCAGCCCUGAGGAGGCCGUUGUCCUGGUCGAAGACCUACAGCGUGACCCUGGGCAGCUGCUGGGCUGGAUAACAGCACACGUCCUGCAGCAAGCUGUGCUCCCAGCCACACAGAAGACAGAGGAGUCGCUGGGGGGUGUCCACCCCUCAGGGACAGUGGAGCCCCUCAGGGAAGCCUCUGGGGAGGCGCCAAAGGGUGCCCAGAUGGAGGGCAGUGCCCACCUCAGCUGCAGCGUGAAGGAGGAGCCUGAUGGCUACGUGCAGGAGACAGGGACAGCCCCUGACCCCUGCCUGCCUGGCUUCCUAGCAUCCUCCAGCCCCCCACCUCCAGCCCAGUCCCACAAGGAGCACGUCGAACAACAGGAACCGACCUCCGCACCCUUCCAGCCACCCCGGCUUCAGGAGUGGGGGCUCAUGGAGCCGUCCCAGAAGGAGCUGAACUGGGAUGUGAUGCUGGAGAAGUACGGCACGGUGGUGUCCCUGGGGUUGACGCACCCCCUGCCUGAGUCGCGCACCGAGUCGCAGCCAGAGGCGCUGAGCUCCGUAUCCGGAUCCGAGGGUCGGAGAAGCCUCCGCCCAGGAGAUGAGAGCGAGGGCCGGCCCGGCGGCCCCGAGGCCCCGCCGCCGCCAAGGAGCAAGCGCUACAUGUGCACUCAGUGUGGCGGGGCCUUCGACUGGAAGUCGGUGUUCGUCAUCCACCGCCGCGCGCAUGCCGGCGGCCCGUGCACAGAGAAGCCGCCGGCCGGCCCGCCCCCGCGCGCACUCCCGGGCCCACGCGGCUAUGCCUGUGAGGAGUGCGGCCACAGCUUCAGCUGGAAGUCGCAGCUGGUUAUCCAUCGCAAGGGCCACGCCAGCCAGCGGCGCCACCUCUGCGCCGACUGCGGCCACAGCUUCGACUGGAAGUCCCAGCUGGUCAUCCACCGCAAGAGCCACCGGCCCGAGGCCCCUUGAGUGCAGGAAGGGCGGCCUCCCCAUCCCUGCGCCAGUGCGACCUGGAGAUCUGGAGGCCGCCCAGGACCCUGGAGCAGAAGCUGGGCCCGAGGUCUGAGUGUGGACGGGCCAGGAAGCCCAGGAGAGCAUGGCCCGCUUCUGUCUGCAGCCAGCUGCAAAGCUGAAGUUUAGCCACUGUGCGUUUUAGAGUUUUAACAGAUUCCAGUUUUAAACUGGAGACAUUUCU